AUGCGUCUACCCUUGCCCAACUUUCUACUGUCUUUGUGCCUCCUUCAGCAGUGGCUCCUCCUUACACAGGGCUUUGAAGUCCCCGACUCGGCCAACCUCUCGUCUUGGGCCCUGCCAUCAUGCUUUGCACCUUGCCUGCGCCAAUGGUGCGGCCGGCCCUCGGAUGGCCCUGGAAUAAUCAACGACACCUCGUGUAUUUGCACAAAGGCCGUUUUCGACGCCUUUGACGCAGAGGAAGAGCCAUGUAUCACUGGAGUUUCAAAUUGCAAUUGGAAAGAAUACUGGACUGGUAACCGUGUGUACUCUGACAAAUGUGGCUUUCCAAAGAUACCUGGCAAGUUUGAUGGCCAUUUCAGUUAUGUUCCACAUAUAUCUAGUGCCCUUGCUGUCGAAAGUAUCUGUCUUGGUCUUCGUCUCGCCUGUAAGGUCUACCGUUUCGUAUCGUGGGGUCCAGAAGACGCCCUCAUCAUAGCAGCCUAUGUAUGA